UGAAACAGAAAUCACCACUUCCCCCUCCUCCUCCUGUGCCAUACAUUGAUUCUAUAACCAGUGAUUCAGUGACAGUUGCUUGGAGAAAUAGAAGUGUAAAAGAAAACCCAAUUAUUGGUUAUACAUUAUACUACAAAAAGAAUGGAGAUUGGUUGCACAUGAACAUCCCAGGAAACAGAACAACGUUUACUGUCAGUGGACUUAACUGUGGCUCACAUUAUGAGGUUUACAUGAUCAGCUUCAAUAAAAUUGGUGAAAGUGAAGCUGGAGAUAUUGUUCCAACACACACAAAAGGUGGAGAGCCUGUGCCACCCAAGAAGGAAGUUUUCAUUACUCCAAACACAACAUCUGUUACCUUACACUUAAACAAGUGGGAUGAUGGAGGGUGCCCUAUUUUUAAAAUGUCAGUUAAGUACAAAAUGCAACUAUCUUCAGAGUGGACAGUUAUAGCUACAAGGCUAAAACCUGAAGAAGGAGCUAUGACCCUACAUGACUUGAGGCCAGAAACCUGGUACAAUAUUCAAAUUACAGCACACAACAGUGCAGGCAAGACAGUAGCUGAAUACAGUGUUUUGACAUCAAUAUACUCUGGAAAUGGAGCUACGCUGAUUCCAGAGUUAAUAAUUAACACUGAAGAACCCCCAGCAUUCUACGAAGAUGCUGCAGUGAUUGUUCCUGUGGUAACAUCUCUUGUGGUGAUUGUAUCAGUUGUUGUUUUAGCCCUUGUGGUAUGUCAGAGAAAACAUUCUCCUGGAGCUAAGUAUCAAGGCCAACCAGUAAAGAACGAUAUAACUUCAGAUUCCUCAUUAAUGAACAGUGCAGAAAAGAAAUUAAACUCUGACCCCAAUAAUCAGCUUCCCAGUUGCAUCACCCGUCCAAAUAAAAUGGUUCCAUCAGAAACACAGAUGACAUGUUUAAGUCCAGGUGAAGACAUUUCUCCUUAUGCAACAUUUCAUACUGAAACAAGAUAUGAUUCACAAGCAGGGGAAAAUCCCAAACCAUCUCAAAAUAAGAGUUCCAGAGGAAUACUUCAAAAAAUGACACAAUUUCCGAAAAGCUCAAACGCUUGGACUCCAG